AUGACAGAACUAGACGAUUUAACACCUGAAGAGCUUAAAACGGCUGACGGCUUAUUUUGUGUAGAUCAAAUAAAGCUGCCAGAUGUAAAAUCAUGGGAAGGUCAAAAGUUUAUACGAUAUACAAAUGAACCUCCUAAUUGCCUAUGGUGUUAUUAUCAAAUGGAGAGAUUUGAUAUUAAAUCAACAUACGAUGAAAAAUCGGACGUACCUACAAGUUACAUUCGAGAAGAUCCUACAGAAUGGCUAAAAAGGCAACCUUUGAAUAUAAAGAACCUCACAAAAAAUUCGACACUUGUUUCCUUCAUUGCUUCCCACUGGACUGAUUUCCGUAGAGAUUGGAUUCCAAAGCUUCAGGCCCACAUCCCUAUCGCAUCUUUUGGUGAGGUUUAUAAGAAUACUGAUUGGAAUGUACAUCCAGAAUGUUCAGCUUUUGAGAAAAAUACCUCGUAUUAUUACGAAGAUUUUAGAGCAAAGGAUUGUAUUAUCCAAAAAUACCCUUUUUAUCUAUCUAUUGAGAAUUCACAAUAUCAAGAUUAUUCUACAGAAAAGCUUUGGGAUGCAUUUAAGUUAGGAGUCGUACCUAUUAUAUGGGGUGCACCUAAUAGUCGUUCUUACGUACCGCAUCCUAAAUCAGCAAUUUUUAUUGAAGAUUAUCCAAACGUCGAAGACCUUGCAAAUCAUUUAAAAUACUUGGUCGAAAAUCAGACAGCUUAUAUGGAAUACCAUCAAUGGCGAACCACAGAGACCUGGUCAGAGGGAUUUAAGAGAAAAGUGUAUAUGAGAUUGCCUAAUUUAGGGUGCAAUAUUUGUAAAGAG